UGUAUACUUUUACAUUCUUUAUGCAGUCCUCUACUGUAUAUGCCAGUGGUCUGUGUAUGUAUGAGUAAUGAAAAAAAUAUUAUACUUGUACGGUUUAUUGUGUUAUAUUUAGUUUAAAGUUUUGUGUUUUUAAUUUUUAUGGUUAAAAUUCAAAACUGAAGAAACAUGGAUUUAUCGAUAUGUCAACUUCUUUUCUUGUUCUCAAUACUGAACGUAGUAUUAGGUGGUGAUAUGAUGAGGAAAUCGAUUGUUUACGACAAAAAAACACCUAAUGUAUUUUAUUGUCCAUUAAAUAAACCUACUGGUUUUGAUAAAUUGUUUGUGCACUCAAGACCAUUAAAAAAAUUAUGUGAAUUUGAUGGAAAACCCUUGCCCGAAGACUACAAAUCUGAUUGUUUUCAAGAUGUUGAUGAAACUGAAUAUGCUUGCAAAGAAAAAUAUAGAAUUAUGAAGAGAUUGUCGAAGAAACAACUGGAUAGUUUAUUCGGAAAUAACGACUAGAAUAACUCUAACAAAAUAACGCUCUGUAAUGUAAGAGAUGCGUCUUCACCCACCUGGUACUGAAAACGACAAAGAGAGUACAAAAUGGGAAAAAGCUUAUAAAAAAGUUGUUAGAAAACGUAAGAGACAACAAUCACAAUAAAUAGUUUUAUAUGAUGAUAAAUAUCAUAAGUAAUGAAUGAAAUACUUAGAUAUUUAGUUUAAAAUAAUAUGUACCUACCUAAUAUUUAAUAAUACAUCCACUAGAUUAAAAAAAAAAAAAAAAAUUAAAAUUAAUUAUUUAUAAACAUUGGUGCUGUAAUAAAUAUUAAUCUAAUUUAGUUUUGUAGUAGAUAAUAGAAUUAUUUGUAUUAUAUUAUUAUAAACAAUUUUAAUACAAUUGUAACUAAUUUUUUUUUACUUUUUAUACAUUCAAGUAUAAUAAAUCGUUAUUUAUAAAAUUAAUAAAAUCAAUAACGAAACAA